GAAGGGGAAGGGGAAGAGGAAAGGAGGGCAGGGCAGGGCAGGGAAGGAAGAAAAGAAAAAAGAAAAGAGCAAGAAACACAGAAGAGACAGUUCAUGGAAGAUAGGGUUUUAAAGCUUAUUUGUGCAUGGUUUGAUUUCUAGAGACCAUCACUGCAUAUGACUAGGCCUUCAACUGGCAUGAAUGUCAUAUCCCCUCUGAAGGUCUGUUUACAUCCCAUGAUGCUUUUCUGUUCUGAAAGUCAAUCAGCAUUGCCCAAAAUACAUUUUAACCUGGGAGCUACAGAGCUGUUGGCGGUAGGCAUCAAUACGAUGUUUGCAAAAGCAGUUUUCUCUCAAGGCAGUCUGGGCUCCUGCACCCACAACUUUAUUCCACUGAGCGCAGCCACACAGCCCUGUCCUCCAAUUUCUGACUGUUUCUGAGGAGCUAAAGGUGAGUUUUUUUUAUGCUAAAGUUUGCUUUUGUGAGAUUGAAAGCUGGCAGGGGUAGUGGGAUUUAAUUGGCAAAAAUUAUAGUGCUCUUCUUUUUCUCCCCUUACUUUCAUUGCAUUUAAAGUCACAUUUUCAAACAGUUUUAGUCUGUGUCAUGCUUGUGUUUAUAUUCAAGAGCUUGGGGAAAAAGAAAACUUUCUAAGUAAAAAAUUAAAGGAAAAAAUCCCAGCCAUAAUCAAUCAGGAUCUUCCAUUUAUCAGUAGAUCUAUCGAAGUGUGUUUUUAUCAGGAAAUUGAUUAUUUUUUCUGCUAUUCUUUACAGCUCUUCUGUAGUAGAGCUCUUGAUGGCUAACUUGGGUUGUAGAAAAAUCAUAUCUCUUACAAAUGUAAACUCAACUGGAGAAUUAUGUAGCCCCAUCCAUUUUUUGCAGUGUCCUGGAAGCUACGCCAACAUUGAUACCCUUGGGGAGAUCUUUUGUUGGUUCAUGACACUUCAUCUUCUAGAAGGUGCCAGGUCAAUUUUAGAGCAAAAUUAUUUAUACCUGCAGCAGGGUAGGUGUUAUGCUGUUUUUCUUUCCACCAGCAGCGUCCUGAACCCCAGAAUUAGCAGAAUAUUCUUGGGAAUAACACAGGAAGCCAAGGCUCACCACUGAUAUUUGUUAUCCCUUAAAGUAGACAGGUUUGCAGCAUGGUUGUCCAUCUAGAGAUGUUUGCCCAUAAAAUAAAUUGCUUUCCACAACUGAUCAAGAACUAUUGGGUCAAAAAUCCCAAAUCUGUUAGAUCAAGAGAUGUCUUCAGAUAGCAAGUGAGUCUAGGCUGAAGCUCAGAUUGGUCUCAAGACGGUCUCUGCCUUGAGGGAAAAUGGGUCAAUAAUUUAGCAACCCAAGCAGAACAGACCUGGCCAGUUGUGGACUCCUCCAGCUGUUUAGGUGCACACCCUGUUUGCUUUUUAUUUCUAACUUGGCUUGAAUUGAGAUUUUGCUUCCGUACAGUAGAUGGAUAAUGAUAUCAUAUUGCCAUGAAUGCAAGCAGUUGAAACAAAGGAUGCAGAAGGACUGGCUCUCUGACUGCUUUCAAAGUGACUUUGGGAGGCAUCGACCGGGCUGCCAUUAAUAGUAACCAUUCUCCCAUCCAAGUCAAGUGUGAAAGUCAAUCACUGGAGGUCAGAUAAUCAGGAGAUUAAUUAGUGACUGUGGCAAAAUCCAAAUAAACUCACAUGGGGAAGAUAUCUGGAAAUGGGGAUGUGAGCAGUGAAAAAUCAGGCUGCACUUAGAACAAGAGGAAAAAACAAACUCUACUUCUGCAAAAUUCUUAUUAGAUGUGCAGGUCUCCCCCAAAAUUAAAUGUGUGUGUACUCCCAGCACACAGCCCCAUCGCAAAAGCUCUGUUAGAUGAGUGAGUCUCCAUAAUCAUACUGGCAAAUCUAAUAACCACUUGAGCCAUUCUACAAGCAUCAGGAGACAUUGCCCCAGUAAAAUUUAUCCAAAUUUUCUGAACUGUGGGGAGAGAGGAAGUGGAGUGAUGGCACAGAGUGAGGCAAGGCUGAGUCAGCUGCUACAGGUGGGCAAGGCGAGAUGAGUGCACUGCAGGAGGUGGUGGAGAGUCCCCAGUAUGUUCUCGUUCUCCCAGGAUGGUCUCUGCAUUAGCUGGGGAUGCACACAAGAGUUUCCCAUAGUGGGGAACACCCAGCAGGUGAGCAACGAGUCUUUUCCCCAGCCCAGCACCCCUUAAAAUAACCUCUUUUCUCUGCCUUUGACCCCACCAUUCAGCUCUCAGCAAGCAACAGGACCAUGCUGGAGGAUGAGGAUGGGCUGAGCGAGAGGGGUCUCAGCAGCUCAAGGAGGAGAUACGAUGAUGAAGAAGAUUACCACUCCAUCUACAUUGGGGUACCAGUGCCCCGGGGCUACCGAAGGAAACGGCGCCGGCGGCGAUCUGCCUCCAGCCGGGACAGAGCAAGCGAGAGUGAGCGGCACUAUGAGCAGCAGGAGCGCUCCGACACUGAUGACGGUGGCCACGGCUGCUACGAGAGUGGCAAUGACAAUGCCAGCAGGACCAUGUCACCGGCUGCUGAACGCCUCCGCUACAUCCUGGGUGAUGAUGAUGAGCCUCCCAACCCCACACUCUUCACAGAGAUGGACACACUGCAGCAUGAUGGUGAGGAGAUGGAAUGGAAAGAGUCAGCCAGGUGGAUAAAGUUUGAAGAAAAAGUUGAGGAAGGCGGGGAAAGGUGGAGCAAACCCCACGUGUCCACAUUGUCUUUGCACAGCCUCUUUGAGCUGCGGACAUGUCUACAGACAGGAACAGUGCUCCUGGACCUAGAUGGCUACUCUUUACCCCAGAUCAUAGAUGAUGUCAUUGAGAAGCAGAUUGAGGAUGGUCUGCUCAAACCUGAGCUGCGGGAAAAGAUAAGCUAUGUGCUCCUCAGGAAGCACCGUCACCAAACCAAGAAGCCAAUCCAUAGGUCCUUGGCUGACAUCGGCAAGUCUGUCUCCUCUAACACAAACCGCAGCCCUGUCCGGAGCCCAGCUGCUGGCGCCACCUUCCACCGCUCCACUGAGGACCUGAGGAUGCGGCAGAGCACAAGCUACGGCCGCCUGCGCCAUGCACAAAGUCGAAGCAUGAAUGAUAUCUCAGACACACCAAGCACUGACCAGCUGAAGAACAAGUUCAUCAAGAAGAUCCCCAAGGAUGCAGAGGCCUCCAAUGUGCUGGUAGGAGAAGUGGAAUUCCUAGAGAAACCCUUUGUGGCUUUCGUGCGGCUCCUCCAGGCAACAAUGCUAGGAGGGGUGACAGAGGUGCCCGUCCCGACCAGAUUCCUCUUUAUUCUCCUGGGCCCUGCAGGAAAAGCCAAAUCCUACAACGAGAUUGGCAGAGCCAUUGCAACCCUCAUGGUGGAUGAUCUCUUCAGCGAUGUUGCCUACAAAGCCCGGGACAGAGAAGACCUGAUUGCUGGCAUCGAUGAAUUUCUGGAUGAAGUCAUCGUUCUGCCACCUGGCGAAUGGGACCCCAAUAUUAGGAUUGAGCCACCAAAAAAAGUGCCCUCAGCUGAGAAGAGGAAAUCAGUUUUCUCGCUGAACGAAGUGGGGCAGAUGAACGGCACAGCUGGUGGGGCAGGUGCUGGGAGCGGCGGAGGAGGCAGUGAUGAUGGGGAGAUGCCUGAAGUGCAUGAAAUCGGGGAAGAGCUUGCAUGGACUGGCAGGUUUUGUGGUGGCCUCUAUUUGGAUAUCAAAAGGAAGCUGCCCUGGUUCCCAAGCGACUUCUAUGAAGGUUUUCAUAUCCAGUCCAUCUCUGCCAUUUUGUUCAUCUACCUGGGCUGCAUCACCAAUGCCAUCACAUUUGGGGGCUUGCUUGGAGAUGCUACAGACAACUACCAGGGUGUCAUGGAGAGCUUCCUUGGCACAGCAAUGGCGGGCUCCAUGUUUUGUCUCUUCGCUGGGCAGCCACUGAUUAUCCUCAGCAGCACCGGCCCCAUCCUCAUAUUCGAGAAGCUGCUCUUUGACUUCAGCAAAGGCAACGGCAUUGAUUACAUGGAGUUUCGCCUCUGGAUCGGCUUGCACUCUGCUCUACAGUGCCUUAUCCUGGUGGCCACUGAUGCCAGCUUCAUUAUAAAGUACAUCACACGCUUCACAGAGGAAGGCUUCUCCACCCUCAUCAGCUUCAUCUUCAUCUAUGAUGCCAUCAAGAAGAUGAUAGGAGCCUUUAAGUAUUACCCCAUCAAUUCAGACUUCAAGCCAGACUAUGUGACCAUGUACAAGUGCGAGUGUGUUGCUCCUGACCCAGCCAACAUGACAUUGUUCGAUGCUUCAGCUCCAGUAGCACCAAACACCACUAACAUUUCUCUGUACAAUACUAUUAACCUAACAGCUCUGGAUUGGACUCAGCUGAGUAAGAAGGAGUGUCUCAAGUACGGUGGCAGCUUAGUGGGGAAAUCCUGUAAAUUUGUGCCUGAUCUGGCCCUCAUGUCCUUCAUCCUCUUCUUCGGGACCUACUCCAUGACAUUGACACUGAAGAAAUUCAAAUUCAGCCGCUACUUCCCCACCAAGGUCAGGGCCUUCAUUGCUGAUUUUUCCAAUGUCUUCUCCAUCCUGCUGUUCUGUGGUGUGGAUGCCUGUUUUGGACUGGACACCCCAAAGCUGCAUAUUCCCAGUAUCAUCAAGCCCACUCGUGUGGACCGAGGGUGGUUCGUGUUUCCCUUUGGGAAGAACCCGUGGUGGGUAUACCUUGCAAGUGCGCUGCCUGCCCUCCUCGUUACCAUCCUCAUCUUCAUGGACCAGCAGAUCACAGCUGUCAUCGUCAACAGGAAGGAGCAUAAGUUACGGAAAGCAGCAGGCUACCACCUGGACCUGUUCUGGGUUGGCAUCCUCAUGGCUGUGUGCUCCUUCAUGGGGCUGCCCUGGUACGUGGCAGCCACUGUCAUCUCCAUCGCCCACAUCGACAGCUUGAAGAUGGAGACAGAGACCAGUGCCCCAGGGGAGCAGCCCCAGUUCCUGGGUGUCAGGGAGCAGAGAGUGACAGGCAUCAUCGUAUUUGUGCUGACAGGGAUUUCCGUCUUCCUGGCCCCGAUUCUGAAGUACAUCCCCAUGCCAGUGCUGUAUGGCGUCUUUCUGUACAUGGGCGUUGCAUCACUGAAUGGCAUCCAGUUUUGGGACCGCUGCAAGCUCUUCCUCAUGCCAGCCAAGCACCAGCCCGAUUAUGUCUUCCUUCGGCAUGUGCCACUACGCCGCAUCCACCUCUUCACUCUGGUGCAGAUUGUCUGCCUGGCUGUGCUCUGGAUCCUCAAAUCCACCGUGGCUGCAAUCAUCUUCCCUGUCAUGAUUUUAGCCUUGAUCCUGGUGAGGCGACUGCUAGAUUUUGUCUUCUCCCAACAUGACCUGGCCUGGAUUGACAACAUCAUCCCUGAGAAGGAAAAGAAGAAAGAGGAUGACAAGAAGAAGAAGAAGAAAGGCAACAAAGGAGACAGCAGCAGUGAUGAGGAGGAAAGAGGUCCUCCACCUGGAGCUUUGCGUUCUGAUUCUUCCCCAAAUGGUUCAGAUCUGGAUCGCAGUAUUACGCUUCACCUGAAGAUUUCGUGUCCAUCGUCUCCUGCAUUUAACUACUCACGAAACCCGAUUUGCGCUGUGCCCCAGGUGAAGAUAGAGAUGGAAUCAGACUACGAGGACACCGACACUGAAAAGCCACCUCGGGACAUGGGCAGUGAGACCACACUAUAGUUCCGUGCAGUGCUUCUUCUAAUUUAUAUAUAAUAUAUAUAUAUAAAGCUAAUUGGACAUAUUUUUCUAUGUGACACUGAGGACGUGGUGGCCCCAGAGGCCCAUUGCUCCAGUAGCGUUUAGUGUAAUGCUCUUGAAUUUCCUCCCUUUCUGCUGGGUGAAUGCAUCACUGCUGGUAGCAGAAUGUGCUGGUGGCAGAAUAACCCCCACUGCUGGGGCUAGAAAUGUGGAGUUGGCAUAUUUGGCCUCCACUUGCCCUAGAACUGCUGCUGGAAUGGAGAAGUCAAAGGCAGUCAGGGCCAUGGAUGUCAGGGAACAGUUGGCUGCAUGCAUGGCCUAUGGAGCAGGGGACUGUGCUGGGGUAAACCUUUCAAGGGGGAUUUUGGGGUGGGGAGGAGGUUUGCCUGCCUGAGAAGUGGGAGUAUGCAUCCCAGCUGCCCCUGCCCUGAAAUCACAGGUGACUCCUGCAGAAUCUGGCUUGGCAAAGGGAGCAGUGCAUUUCCCGUGAGCAGCCUCAGGCUUUGAGUUUGCAGGAUGCAAACAAAAGCAGUCUGACCCCUUGCAGUGGGAGUCCCCUCUUGCAGCCCAGCCAUGCUGCAGCUUCCCAGCAACCCAAUCAGGGUCUCUCUGCUUCAGCAGGUGGGAUUCUCCUGCCCCAGGGGGACUCAGCUGUGCUUGCCCCAGCAUAGACAUGUAAGUAGGUUAGGAGGAUGCAUUGCAGGCUAGCAAGGGUUGCAAAGUGGCAGUGCCCCAGGCACUGGCAGGAGGAGCAAAGGCUCUGGAGCAGGAGAUCUUGAGGCCAAAGGCCAUUGCUUCUUGCAGGUAACAACAGGCAGGCUGCGAGUGCCUGAGAGCAGCAGCAGAGCAGGGAACAGGGCAUGAUUUCUGCUGGCUGUCAGGCACUGCUGCUGCAGGCAGCGGGUCAUGGUUUCUGCAGAGAACUGGAAAUGGUUUCCGCAGGGAAUCGAGCGGUUUCUGCAGCAGAGCCGUUAGGCAAGCAUUGCCUUACCCACCCACACACCAACAGCCCUAGCAAAGCACAGUUUUCACAGAACCAAUCUAGGAUCCCCAGUGCUGUCUGGAAACCUAGGCUGAUAACAGGGCUGGAGUAAUAGCUGCAUCCACGCAGAAGCCUGAUGAGCUGGAGUAUUAUUUCUGCCCUUGCUUUUGCCACGGGCACACUGAAGGAGCCCAUCCAGCCCCUGCACAAGGGACUUUGCACCUCCUUGAGCUCCUCAAUUGUAAUUAUACCCAGGUGUUUUAACAGCUUGAAGCAGUGAUGGGAGAGCAAGUACGUCCCUCACCCCAUAUCCCCACACACUUUGCACUUGCUUCCCCACCAGAGAGCAGGUCAGGAGCCACCUCUGGCACCAGGCAGUUCAGCUUGCCCAGCUCUCACUUUCUUCCAGCAGUGCUGGGGCAUCAAUGAGGCUUUCAAAUGGCUUUCCUUCCCAGCAUGCCUGCAGCCUAUGGUUUAGAAAAACUAGUCUUGUUUGUCAACUUUCUCUCUGCUAGAUGGAUGUUUCUUGUGGUUUUAAGGUAGUACAAAGCUCCCCCUCAUCUCCCAAGCAGGAACAGCCUACCAACUAUUUAUAUGAAUUCUGUGCUAAGGCCAGCCACAGAGGGGCUUCUGGGGCACUGGUUCAAUAUUGCAACUGAUCUGAACCUUUGCAUGGGACAGAGCCCAGUUCUUUGUAAAUAGUCACUUCAAACAAAGAAAUAAAUGCAGUUUUCUGUUCAUAGUAUUUUUCUGGUUCAAGUAUAUCUUAUGAGGAACCAUGAUGAGGUUAAUAAAACAGUAUUACUCCAGUGACCACUUAAGCAAGUGCCACUUAGCUUGAUGAUAACACUAAGAACUAUUUCAGCUUGGAUGCAUUGUGUGUACUUUUUAGUGUUUUAUACCAGUCUCCCAUGUGGUAGCUAAAGCAUGGUAGAGAUAGGCCUUUGACUGCAAUCACUCCACAGAUAGUAAGUUUGCUUUAAUCAGUAUAUCAGCACCUACUACACAGCACCGCUACCAGAGUCCACAAAGCCUUCAUAGGCUUUUGUUUCAUAGAGCACAGCUGAAGCCUAAGCACAGGUCCCUCUACAACACUUCUUGUUCCAACUAAAUUUGUCCUUCUUGUAGGUCUUACAAAUGGUUUAUAUUUUUUUGUUUUGCAUAUGGAAAUACUGGAUUGUCACAGAUUUGCCAUCCCCAUUACAGCACUACUUUAGCCAUUUUGUAUUUAUCAGUGAUACAAUCCAAUAAAUCUCAUUUAAAUUA